AUGAAUGCUCUUAAAAACUUCCAAUCCGAUGUUAAAAACGACGUUACCUGGAAUCGAGCAGCUCGACUGAGCGUCAAAGGGGCCAAAGCCCUCCCCUCGGGAACAGUACAAUACAUCAGUGACAAAGUUCCCAUCGUUGGCUGGUUACCACGAUAUAACCUGCGAUGGCUCAUCAAUGAUCUUAUUGCUGGUCUGACCUUGGGUCUGAUGCUCAUUCCUCAGGGCUUGUCCUAUGCCAAGAUUGCGAAUAUCCCUGUUGAGUAUGGCUUGAUGUCAAGUUGGCUACCAGCUGUGAUCUAUGCCUUCAUGGGAUCUACGAAAGAUGUCUCUACCGGCCCAACCUCUCUCAUCGGUCUCCUCACCUCCGAAAAUGUUCACGCCCUACAAGACAGAUGGACUCCAUCCGAAAUUGCCUCUGCGACAGCCUUCAUGAUGGGCAUCUACGGCAUGAUACUCGGCUUCCUAAAGCUCGGAUUCCUCCUCGAAUUUAUAUCUCUUCCUGUUCUUAGUGGCUUCAUCACUGCCAUCGCCAUCACCAUUAUUCUCAACCAGAUGGACUCUCUCCUUGGUGAAGAUAAUGUCCGCGACGGCGCAGCCAAACAGAUACAUGAUAUCUUUAGUGAACUCCCCAAUGCUAACGGCUGGGCCUGUCUUAUUGGGUUCACUGGAAUUCUGUUCCUCACAAUCCUUGAGAAGUCUGGAAAGAGAUGGAGCAAGGAUAACAAGGUCAUCUGGCUGCUGUCUACAACAAGAGCCUUCCUAGCCCUGGUCCUGUUCACUGGUAUCAGCUACGGUGUCAACAAAAAUAGAAAAGACUAUCUCUUUGAAGUUGUCAAGGUCCAGUCCGAAGGUCAGCAAGCACCCACAAUGCCAAAGACAGACCUCAUCCCCGAAGUUGCUGGUCGCAGUAUUGCUGUGUUCAUCGGAUCUGCAGUUGAGCACUUGGCAAUCGCUCGCGCCUUUGCAGUCAAGAACAGCUACACAUCUGAUCAAAGUCAGGAACUGUGUUACCUUGGCAUCACCAACUUUUUCAACAGCUUCUUCCAUGCUAUGGGUGUUGGUGGAGCCAUGUCCCGUACCGCUGUCAACUCGUCAUGUAAUGUCAAGUCUCCCCUGUCUGGUGUUGUUACCAUGGCUGUUGUACUGGUUUGCGUUUAUGAGCUUGUUGGAGCACUCUUCUGGAUCCCCAAAGCUACUCUGGCUGCUAUCAUCAUCACUGCUGUUUGGGGUCUAAUCUCUCCACCCUCAACCUUUUACCGGUACUGGAAGACCUCGUUGGCUGAUUUCAUCUCGUCCAUGCUUGCACUCUGGGUCACCCUCUUUCACUCAAGUGAGGUGGGUAUUGGCUGUGCUGUGGGUUUCAAUAUUGUCUACAUCCUCCUUCGUCAGGUCUUUACCAGACUGACAUCAACUGGUGCCGACGUUGAAUCCAACCGCAGACCUACUUGGGCACUUGAGAAUAACCACACCUCCCCGCUCACUAUCCCAGAAGACGCAAGAAUCUUUACCUUUAACGAGUCUAUCAUCUUCCCGAACGCCUUUGCCAACACCACCAAGGUACUUGAUGAGAUCCAGACUUACCAUGCGGCCCACUACAGUGGUAGUCAUGGGCCCGAGACAGAAAGGAAUUGGUCUGUCGUGGGUGAAAAGAGAGUAGCACGUCUCCGCAAGAAGGCCAACAUCAACGACCCCUCAUCACUACCUGGCAUUGGACUGGUCGUCCUGGACUUUUCGCGCGUCAACAUGCUUGAUACCACGGCGGUGACAUACCUGAAGAACCUUGUUUCAAAUAUCAAGUCUUAUGGUGGAGACGGUACCGAGGUCAGGUUCGCAAACAUGAACGCUGUUUGUCGUGAACGAGUCGGACGGGCUGGUUGGCGCGUAAUUGAAGUUGGUGGCAAUGGAGAGCUUCAGGGUGACCUGGAAGAUGAUGGUGAGCCGAUCUAUCUCUACUGGGAUACGAGAGCAGCCGUGGUGGCACCGAGGAGGAGAGGGUCGGUGCUGAGUGAUGAUGGAAAGGUUCAUGCUGUGCAUGAGGAGGAGAAAGCUGAAGUAUGA